AUGCUGUUUAAUGUCUGUUUCAUUUUGGGUGGCCCAGGUGCCGGAAAAGGUACAGUCUGUCAGAAAAUUGUUGACGACCAUGGAUUUAUCCACUUGUCUGCGGGUGAAUUGUUGCGUCAGGCCUGUGACUCUCCCAAUUCACCUUAUCGUGACGAGAUUCAACAGCAUAUGAAAAACGGCACCAUCGUGCCGGCCAAAGUAACUUGUGGUCUGCUGCACCAUGCUAUGCUUGAGGGAUUCAAAAAUGCUGGGUGUACGAACUAUUUGAUCGACGGUUUCCCCAGAAAUGAUGACAAUCGAACAUGUUGGGAAGAGGACAUGAAUGCGAGGGCAACACUGCGCCGCGUGAUCGUUUUGGACUGUCCAGAUGAUGUGAGUUUAUGA